AUGGCUGAAAUAGAAAAAGUUACGCAACAGACGUCGCCAUCUGCACCAUCGGUCAGCAGUGAUGAAAAAAAUCUCGUUGUAUCAUUCGUACAGUUUUUACGACAAAAAGUUUCCCUUAAUCAGUGCAGUGAUGAGCAAAUUGAAGGAAUUGAAGUGGCAGUUCAGUGUCUCGAAUCAGCUUUUGGCUUAACAGAUGCAAGUUAUGCUUUCCAGCCGUCAAAGCCUUUAUUGGAUAUUUUUGUCUCUGCGGAAGGAUUGCCUUUGGGUGAAGCGAAUCUACCGGAGCCAACAGAAGCUGAAAUUGCUCAGGCAAAUAAACUGAAAGAAGAAGGUAAUGCGCUGAUGAAAGCAUCUCAAUUCGAUGCAGCCGUUUGUAAGUAUAAUGACGCAAUUAAGCUAAAUAGAGACCCUGCUUAUUUCUGCAAUCGCGCUGCGGCAUAUUGUCGUUUAGAACAGUAUGACUUAGCUAUACAGGAUUGUCGAACUGCUUUGGCGCUUGAUCCAAAAUAUAGUAAAGCAUAUGGACGCAUGGGCUUGGCUCUUUCUUGUCAGAAUCGUUAUGAACAGGCUGUAGAAGUAUAUAAAAAGGCCAUUGAAUUAGAGCCCAAUCAAGAAAGCUACCGAAAUAAUUUGAAAAUUGCGGAGGAAAAAUUGAAAGAGAUGCAAAACACUGCGCAACAAACUUUUGGAACAACUGGAGGCCCAUUUUCAUUCCCUGGAAUGCCUGAUGUGACACAACUGUUGAACAAUCCGGCGAUGGUGCACAUGGCUUCACAGCUUAUGUCUGAUCCAAACGUACAAAAUAUGAUGUCUCAGUUAAUGAAUAGCAUGGUAGGUAACAACCAAACAGGAGCUCAAGCUUUCGGAAAUAUUCUGCAAGCUGGACAACAGCUUGCUCAGCAAAUGCAGGACACUAAUCCUGAGUUAGUGGAACAAUUUAGGCGACAAUUUCAAGGUGCAAAUGCUAAUCCUGAUGAAACUAGGCCGGAACAAAAUGGUGAACAGCCGCCUUCGCAACAAUAA